AUGUCUUCGACUCAGGGCAAUGGGGAACACUGGAAGUCCCUGGAGUCGGUGGGCAUUAGCCGCAAAGAGCUGGCGAUGGCCGAAGCCCUGCAGAUGGAGUAUGAUGCUCUGUCCAGGCUCCGGCAUGACAAGGAGGAGAGCAGAGCCAAGCAGAACACAGACCCCUCUCUCAUCAGCUGGGACAAGCCUGUUCUGGACUUCUUCACCAAGCCAGCGGGCAGGCGGAAUGACCUCAAGCUUCUUCGUGGUCUCUCUGGCUCUGAUCCUACCCUCAAUUACAACUCGCUCUCCCCACAGGAGGGGCCACCCAACCACUCUACCUCCCCGGGCUCCCAGCCUGGCCCAGAUCCCUGGCCCAAAGGCUCCCUGUCUGGAGACUAUCUCUAUAUUUUUGAUAGUUCAGACGGGGGGCUCCCUCUGUCCCCAGGACCAGGGGACGUGGAUGGCUCUUCCAAAAAUCUAUCCCCACCUCCUCUGCCUCCCCGAGUCUCUAUCUGGAACACUCCCCCUCUGCCUCCCAGAAAGGGGUCCCCCUCUUCAUCCAAGAUCUCCCAGCCCAAUGACAUCAACACUUUUUCUUUGGUCGAGCAACCGCCAGGCAAAUUGCUAGGGCAUCGGAUCCUAGAAGAGGAAGAGGAGCCGGGAGGUGGGGGUCAGGGUCGCCUCCUGGGGUCCGUGGACUAUGAUGGUAUCAAUGAUGCAAUUACGCGACUCAACUUAAAGUCAACCUAUGAUGCAGAGAUGUUGCGGGAUGCCACCAGGGGCUGGAAGGAGGGCCGAGGGCCCCUGGACUUCAGCAAGGACACCCCUGGAAAACCUGUGGCCCGGAGCAAGACUAUGCCCCCUCAGGUGCCCCCUCGCACCUAUGCCUCCCGCUAUGCCAACCGGAAGAAUGCAGCACCUGGCAAGAACCGCAGGAUUUCGGCCACUCCGGUGGGCUCGCGGCCCCGCACCAUUGCCAGUGGACACGAGUUGUUUGAGGUCUCGGAGGAGAGGGAUGAGGAAGUUGCCGCAUUCUGCCACAUGCUGGAUGUCCUUCGAUCGGGCUCUGACAUCCGAGACUACUCUCUCACUGGAUAUGUCUGGAGUGCAGUCACCCCAAGCCCAGAACACCUUGGGGAUGAGGUAAACCUGAAGGUGACCGUGUUGUGUGACAGCCUGCAGGAGCCACUCACUUUUACCUGCAACUGUUCCUCCACUGUAGACUUGCUCAUCUACCAGACCCUGUGCUACACCCAUGAUGAACUGAGGGAUGUGGAUGUGGGUGACUUUGUGCUGAAGCCCUGUGGGCUAGAGGAGUUCCUGCAGAACAAGCACGCCUUGGGCAGCCAUGAGUACAUUCAGUACUGCCGGAAGUUUGACAUCGACAUUCGACUACAGCUGAUGGAGCAGAAGGCUGUACGCAGUGACCUGGCCCGGACGGUGAAUGAUGACCAGAGCCCUUCCACCUUGAACUACCUCGUCCAUCUACAGGAGAGGCCAGUGAAACAGACCAUCAGCAGGCAGGCCCUGAGUCUUCUGUUCGACACUUACCACAACGAGGUGGAUGCCUUCCUUUUAGCUGAUGGGGACUUCCCACUGAAGGCUGACAGGGUGGUCCAGUCCGUCAAGGCCAUCUGCAACGCCCUAGCUGCUGUGGAAACCCCAGAGAUCACCAACGCUCUCAACCAGCUGCCCCCCUGCCCCUCUCGCAUGCAGCCUAAAAUUCAGAAGGAUCCGAGCGUCUUGGCUGUGAGGGAAAACCGAGAGAAAGUGGUAGAAGCACUAACAGCUGCCAUCCUGGACCUGGUGGAGCUAUACUGCAACACAUUCAAUGCAGACUUCCAGACUGCGGUGCACGGGAGCCGCAAGCAUGGCCUGGUCCAGGAGGCCUGCCACUUCUCCAGGCCCCUGGCCUUCACUGUCUAUGCCACCCACCGCAUCCCCAUCACCUGGGCUACCAGCUAUGAAGAUUUCUACCUCUCCUGCUCUCUCAGCCACGGCGGCAAGGAGCUGUGCAGCCCCCUGCAGACGCGAAGGGCUCACUUCUGCAAGUACCUCUUCCACCUCAUCGUCUGGGACCAGCAGAUCUGCUUCCCCGUGCAGGUGAACCGGCUGCCUCGGGAGACCCUGCUGUGCGCCACCCUCUACGCUCUGCCCAUCCCCCCACCCGGGAGCUCCUCAGACACCAAUAAGCAACGGCGGGCACCCGAAGCCCUGGGCUGGGUCACCACCCCACUCUUCAACUUCAGGCAAGUGCUGACCUGUGGCCGGAAGCUUCUGGGCUUGUGGCCAGCAACCCAGGAACACCCCAGUACCCGAUGGAGUGCACCCAAUUUUCACCAGCCAGACAGCGUCAUCCUGCAGAUUGACUUCCCCACCUCGGCCUUUGACAUCAAGUUCACCAGCCCCCCUGGAGACAAGUUCAGCCCCCGAUAUGAAUUCGGCAGCCUCCGGGAGGAAGACCAAGGCAAGCUUAAAGACAUCAUGCAGAAGGAGUCCCUGUACUGGCUCACUGAUGCUGACAAGAAGCGUCUGUGGGAAAAGCGCUAUUACUGCCAUUUGGAGGUGAGCUCGCUCUCCCUGCUGCUCGCCAGCGCCCCCAGCUGGGAGUGGGCGUGCCUUCCUGACAUCUAUGCGCUUUUGAAGCAGUGGACCCACAUGAACCACCAGGAUGCCCUGGGGCUCCUGCAUGCCAUCUUCCCGGACCAAGAGGUGCGACGUAUGGCUGUCCAGUGGAUCAGCUCGCUCUCAGAUGCCGAGCUGCUGGACUACUUGCCCCAGCUGGUGCAGGCCCUCAAGUAUGAGUGCUACCUGGACAGCCCCUUGGUGCGCUUCCUCCUGAAGCGAGCCGUCUCUGACUUGAGAGUGACGCACUACUUCUUCUGGUUGCUGAAGGACGGCCUCAAGGACUCCCAGUUCAGCAUCCGCUACCAGUAUCUGCUGGCGGCCCUGUUGUGCUGCUGUGGCAAGGGGCUGAGAGAGGAGUUUAACCGCCAGUGCUGGCUCGUCAACACCCUGGCCAAGCUGGCCCAGCAGGUCCGGGAGGCCACCCCGUCUACACGGCAGGGGAUCCUCCGCACGGGCCUGGAGGAGGUGAAGCAGUUCUUUGCUCUCAACGGUUCAUGCCGUCUGCCGCUCAGCCCCAGUCUGCUGGUCAGGGGCGUCGUGCCCAGGGACUGUUGCUACUUCAACUCCAAUGCCGUCCCCCUCAAGCUCUCCUUCCAGAACAUGGACCCGCUGGGUGAGAACAUACGUGUCAUCUUCAAGUGUGGGGAUGACCUUCGCCAAGACAUGCUAACCCUGCAGAUGAUUCGCAUCAUGAGCAAGAUCUGGGUCCAGGAGGGGCUGGACAUGCGCAUGGUUAUAUUCCGCUGCUUCUCCACCGGCCGGGGCAGAGGGAUGGUAGAGAUGAUCCCCAACGCCGAGACCCUGCGCAAGAUCCAGGUGGAGCACGGGGUGACGGGCUCCUUCAAGGACCGGCCCCUGGCCGACUGGCUGCAGAAGCACAACCCUGGGGACGAGUAUGAGAAGGCUGUGGAGAACUUCAUCUACUCCUGCGCAGGCUGCUGCGUGGCCACUUAUGUCUUGGGCAUCUGUGACCGACACAAUGACAACAUUAUGCUGAAGACCACUGGCCACAUGUUCCACAUAGAUUUUGGCCGCUUCUUGGGCCAUGCCCAGAUGUUUGGCAACAUCAAGCGGGACCGUGCCCCCUUUGUCUUCACCUCGGACAUGGCGUAUGUCAUCAACGGGGGUGACAAACCUUCCAGCCGCUUCCAUGACUUUGUUGACCUUUGCUGCCAAGCCUACAACCUCAUCCGCAAGCACACCCACCUCUUCCUCAACCUUCUGGGCCUGAUGUUGUCCUGUGGGAUCCCUGAGCUCUCAGACCUGGAGGACCUCAAGUAUGUGUAUGAUGCCUUGAGGCCUCAGGACACAGAGGCCAAUGCCACGACCUACUUCACAAGGUUGAUUGAGUCCAGUCUGGGCAGUGUAGCCACAAAGCUCAAUUUCUUCAUCCAUAACCUGGCUCAGAUGAAGUUCACGGGCUCAGAUGACCGGCUGACUCUUUCCUUUGCCCCCCGGACACACACCCUCAAGAGCUCGGGCCGCAUCACUGAUGUUUUUCUCUGCCGCCAUGAGAAGGUCUUCCACCCCAGCAAGGGCUAUAUAUACAUGGUAAAGGUGAUGCGAGAGAAUGUUCACGAGGCCGCUUACAUCCAGCGGACGUUUGAGGAGUUCCAGGAAUUACACAAUAAGCUGCGGCUGCUCUUCCCUUCUUCCCUCUUGCCCAGCUUCCCUAGUCGCUUUGUGAUUGGCCGCUCCUGGGGAGAGGCUGUGGCUGAGCGACGGAGGGAGGAGUUAAAUGGCUACAUCUGGCACUUGAUCCACGCAGUCCCUGAGGUGGCCGAGUGUGAUUUGGUGUAUACCUUCUUCCACCCCCUGCCCCGGGACGAGAAGGCUAUAGGCGCCAGCCCAGCUCCCAAAUCCUCAGAUGGCUCAUGGGCCCGGCCCAUCGGGAAGGUAGGAGGGGAGGUGAAGCUGUCCAUCUCCUAUAAAAACAAUAAACUCUUCAUUAUGGUGAUGCAUAUUCGGGACUUGCAACUGCUGCAGGAUGGGAAUGACCCUGACCCCUAUGUAAAGACUUACCUCCUUCCUGACCCUCAGAAGACCACUAAGAGGAAAACCAAAGUGGCUCGGAAAACCUGCAAUCCCACCUACAAUGAGAUGUUGGUGUAUGAUGGGAUUCCCAGGGGAGACCUGCAGCAACGGGAGCUACAGCUGAGUGUGCUGAGUGAGCAAGGAUUGUGGGAGAAUGUCCUCCUUGGGGAGGUGCACAUCCGCCUGCGAGAGCUAGAUCUGGCUCAGGAGAAGACUGGCUGGUUUGCAUUGGGAUCUCGAAGUCAUGGGACCUUGUGAACUCAGUAAAGCCACGGUCUGACUCCAGGAUGGUGGCAGGAGCUGGGGCGGAGGAGUCUCCCUUGCUUGACACUUCCUUUCCUUGUGAAGGGCCAGGGCCCUUGGGGGUACUCUUCUCCCUCCAGGUGGAUCUGUCCUCCAUGACAGGAGGCGGGGAGAGUAAGAAGCUCUCUGCUGUCCUUUCCUCUAAGACUAAACUUGGGAUGAUUGUGAUGCGCAGCCCCUUGGAGGCUGUGAGGUUUCAGCGAAGUUUUAAGUUUACCUUGUGUCAAGGGAGCAAUGCCCGGUUUGGAGUGUGGGGGGGUGGGUUAUAUGAAUAGCAUUUUGAGGGAGGGUGGGUGGAUAUCUUUAUUUUUAUUUUUAAAAAAUGAAAUAGUAAUGUUGUCCUAACUGGACAGGAAGCCUUGUGAGAAGGGACAUACAUAUGCCUCAGAAGGCAAGAGAGGAAAACUAUUUGGACUUUUUGUAUGAUUAAGGUUCUUAUUGGACUUUUCCCUAGGUUUUUUGUUUAUUUGUUUGUUUUUGUUUUUCUAUCUAUAGGAAUUAUUUGGGGAGGGGCCCAGUUGUCCUCAGUUAGAGCUCUCCCUCUUUAAGGGCAGGCAGAGAGGGCAGGGAGUACUGGACUGAGGCCUGGGCCCCGGGCCUUUCUGAGUUUGCCUCCAAAGGAGAGCGCCAUGAUACCUGUGUGUGUAAGCAAGGGCCUUUGUAUUGGGGUUCUGCCAAGGACCUGUAUUCAGGGACCCGUGCUCUUUUGGGGUGAGUGUUUCCUCUCAUCAUCCCCUACUUUGUUAGGACUUCCCCUGAAUACUGUCCUCUACCCCUUGUCCCCUCCCUUCUCUUGGCCCUUCUGGGAGCCACCUGCUCCCUAUGAAUACGCUGGGGGUGCUUCCCCCUAGUCUCUCUUAAUUUUUCUCUUAUGAGAUAUCAUCUGCCUCGGCCCUUAGGUUUAGUUUUCCUGAGGGUGUCUUGGCCCUGGGAAAGGGUCCCUAGGCUGCAGAUGCCAACAUGGCUGCCUGCUAGGUGGUUUCUGGGAAGCAUUCCCUAUCACCCUCCACUUCUUUCUUUUAUGCUUCAUCUCCCCAAGCCCCUUUUCUGUCACACUUUUUAUAAGAAUUCCCCUCAUUCUGUGGGGCCAUAAACCUAUUUAACCUGGAGCCAAAGGGAUGCCCUAACUCGAGGAAAUGGGCAUGGGGUGGGGGAGUUCAGUCGAAAUAGUUGUUUUUUUCCAAUAAUUACCUUUGGUCAUGAGGAGGCUGGCUUGGAGUAGUGAUUAUUAUCCCCUGUAGCUGAGCUCAGGAGCUGGGAGAAAGAGACCGGGUCUCUUAUCUCUUCAUAUUCUUUAUUCUUUACCAGGCAGAUGUUAAGUUCACUCUUUAACACUUCACUCCAAAAGGUUGUCCUCCUUAAAAAAGAGGGAGAGACUUUGGAUUUGAUAUGAACUUUUUCACCCAGAAUCAGCUGGCUGUGCCCUGCGAGGUGGAAAGGAAUAAAUAAGGGCAUCCUGCAAGCUGUACCUCCCCUCGACCUACCUACUGUAUUCCUUUCCAACUCCAAGCAGAGGAGACUCCCCCUCUUGCCGACUCAUUCCAUAACUGGAGAAAGCAGCUCCAUUCCCUGCAAGGGAGUCUAAAUUGUUCUUUUAAAUUAAAAAUGCCAAGAAUGAAGCAGGCUGCUGUGGAGAGGGGCUGGGGGAGUGAGGAAUGGGAGUGGGACUUUUCCAGAUGAAUGGACCACAGAUGGGUUGCUGGCUUUUUGCCCGUUAACUCAUUUUAUUUUGACCCUUUAUGCCCCUGAUUUAAGGAGGUCUGUGUACUGUAUCCACUUCCCAGACGCCCUGUAUCUCCUAUUUUCUCUGGAAUUGUAUUUUCUAAUAAAUGACAUCUGAGAAAAAUGUCAUUUUCAAGAUUGGUUGAUGUUUAAAUGUUCAGGUUAAACCAUCUGAUGUACAAGAUAAAAAUAUAACAGUAGUCGUUUUACAGAAGGCAACUCUUAUGUGUACUAAUGCCCUGCAGAAGGCAUUGUACAUUUGUCUGCUAAAUCUAUCAUCACAACAACUUGAUCAGGUGGGUAUUACCAUCCCCAUUUUACAGAUGAAGAAAGUGAAGCUCAGAGAGAUUAAGUAAUUUGCCUAAGGGCACACAGCCAGUUAAUCAUGGAGCUGGAAUUUGAAACCAGGUUUGUUUGACUCCACAUCUUGUGCUAUUCAUCCUUGGCAAUGUUUAAUAUAAUCCCUUAUGUCAAUUUGGAGCCCCUGAGUGUGGUGCAAAUGGUUAACAUGCUCAGCUGCUAACCGAACAGUUGGAGCUUUUGGUCCGCACAGAAGCACCUCAGAAGAAAGGCCUGGUGAUCUAUUUUUUAAAAAUCAGCCAUUGAAAACCGUAUGGAGCACAGGUCUACUCUGACACACGUAGGGUUGCCAUAAGUAAAAAGUGACUCAACAGCAACUGGUGGUGGUUAUGUUGGUGUAAUACUUGAUAGUUUUCAGAGUGCUUUAAUAUAUAUGAUGUCAUUUUUCAUUACAACGACCCUGGGAAGUAAACAUGGCUCAUUCAUUCAUUCUUUCAACAAACAUUGUGCUUAUUAGCACUUACCAAAGAAGACAGUGUGACUGACACCCCCUGGAGCUGUGCACUGGGCCCUGUACCAGGUACCAUGAGGGAGGGGGCUACGAAGAUAAAUUAAGACAAUCUUCUGCAUUUGAGAAGUUUACUGCCUGGUGAUAUUAACCAAGCCCGUUUUAUAAGAGAGGAAACCAAGACUCUUAAAUGCCUCAUUAGGAUUGAACUGUGACAGCAGACCUGUAUCCCAGAAUUGAACCCCCCAAAUGGAGAAUGGAAGUGAUACGGCCCUUGUUAGGCAUUUUACCCAGAAGUUUUCAAAACUCCCCAGUGGGGAGUCAUAUUUCAUGCUGGGGAAUUUUGUGGGGACUUCCAAGGGAUUUUCAGUAGUAAACAGUGGGAAGUGUUACCUGUUAUAUUUCUAAGUGGUUUCGAGGUAUCACCGCAGUUCUGGACAAGUCCCUAUAGACCCUUUAAAAGUUAGAAUUUGAAUCUGGCAAGAGUCUUAGGAAAUUUCUUGGCCAAUUGGCGUAGAAAUCUGAACUACCCUGAGGGAGUGGGAUGGAAGAGCUGGGGAGUAGGAAAGAGGGGUUUCCUGGGGAGAAGAGAAAAGAAGCCCAGGAGGUUGAUUUUCUAAGUUGAAAGAGAGGUGGCUGGGAGUAAGGUUAGAUUGGAUUUGAAAGGUCAAAAGUGAGACAGCAUCCUAAUAACGUGUUUAGUGCUUCUUUUCUACCUUCUAGUUCCUUGCAUAGUGCCUUCGGUUUUAAAAGCUUGCAAGCAGCCAUCCAAGGCACAAUUGGUCUUUAUUCACCUGGAGCAACAGGGGAAGAAGGAGAGUCAGGAAUAGGAGGAGGAUAUAGAAUGUGUAGUUAAUUGCCUCCAUGAACAACUGCCUCCUUUGCCAUGAGACUAGAACUGGUUGGUACUCGGCUACCAUUACUCAACAUUUUGAUCAAAGUUCCUAUAGAAGAAUCCUGAUCAAAAUGCAGAACAGAAUUUCAAAUUCUCAUGAACUCUAGACUUCCUGGAGCCAUAGAAGGUAGAUGAACCCUUGAAACUAUUGCCCUGAGAUAAUCUUUGAACCUUAAGCCAAAAAUAUCCCCUGAAAUCAUCUUAAAACCAAACAAUAGUUUAACUUAACUGGUAAAUAAUAAUGGCCUUGAGCUCUGUGGUGCGAUGGAUUGCUUUUGUGUGGCCUUUCUUGCCAUGGUCUUGUAACUCCCACCCAAGUAAUUGGGUGGGACUGUGCAGAUAGCGUAACUGUGACCCACCAAGGGGAUUGGUCAGUUUUGAGAUACACUGGGCUUGAAAUGAGCCACCCAAGAGGCGGGAAGGAGAGGAUCCUACCAGCACCAAGGAAGGAGAGCCAAGAGUGGAGCAUGUGCUUUGGAUUUGGGAUCCCUGCGCUAAGAAGCUUCUAGAACUGAGAGCUGUAACACUGAAGAAU